CUGGGCUUCGUCCCUUAUACUCUUCGCCCGACAUGAUUCCUUGAAAUCUCAGAAGAUCUUGGAAGAAGUCUCGGUCAGUCAAUAAAAUAUUUAUUAAGAACCUACUACCCAUGUGCCUGGAUAUAUGCUAAAGCCUAGAGCUACAAAUAAAGGCAUGAGAUAGUCUCGGAGAUUAAGACAUAGCUGAGUAGAAUCUUCUCUACAACAGCCUUGGUGAUUUCAGAUAAAAUGGAUCUGCUUUUCAGAAUAAGAGGAGGCCUUGAUCUAGCGUUUCAGCUAGCUUCUGCUGAUGAUAUUUCUACAAAAAAGGCAUUAAAAUACGUAUUGAGUGACCUUUCAACCAAACUUUCAUCAAAUGCCCUUGUGUUCAAAAUUUGCCACAGUUCAGUGUACAUUUGGCCUAACAGCAACAUGAACACAGUUCCAGCAGAACUAAAUGACGAUUCUGCUUGUAAGGAAAUACUACGCUUUAUUCACUUUGACCAAGAAGAGGAUACAAAGCGGAAAUUCACCAAAAAAAAAGAUAAAAAGUUACAAGGACAGCUUCAGAUAAUAAAUAUAGAUCUCAUGUUGGAAAUGUCAACUUCUGUACCUGCUGUAGCUCCCAUCAUUGAAAGAGAAAGUGGAGGUCACCACUACGUUAACAUGACUUUGCCAGUUGAUACUGUUAUAUCUGCAGAUCCAGAAGAAUCAUGGGGAAUAGUUCGAAGUCGUCUAGUAAAUUCAAUUCACAAUCAACUAACUGACAUGGAGAAAUGCAUUUUGAAAUACAUGAAAGGAACUUCUAUAGUAGUCCCUGAGCCACUGCACUUUUUGUUACCAGGAGAGAAAAAUCUUGUAACAAUUUCCUAUCCAUCAGGAGUUCCAGAUGGUCAGCUACAAUCUUACAGAAAGGAAUUGCAUGACCUGUACCACCUACCUCAUGAUAGACCUUACUUCAAAAGAGCUAAUGCAUAUCACUUUCCAGAUGAACCAUAUAAAGAUGGGUAUGUCAGGAAUCCACAUAGUCACCUAAAUCCACUGGGAGCAGAAUCUGGUAUGAUUUCCACAGUGCAGGGCAUAUAUGGUUAUCAUCAUUACAUGCAGGAUCGGUUCGAUGACAGCGGUUGGGGCUGUGCUUAUCGGUCUCUACAGACUAUUUGCUCUUGGUUCAAACAUCAAGGAUACACCGACAGGUCCAUUCCAACCCACCAGGAGAUUCAGCAGGCUCUUGUUGAUGUGGGAGACAAACCAGUGUCAUUUGUAGGAUCGCGACAGUGGAUUGGUUCUAUUGAGGUACAGCUAGUUCUGAACCAUUUGAUGGGGAUAACUUCAAAAAUACUCUUUGUCAGCCAAGGUUCUGAAUUAGCCUCUCAAGGAAGGGAACUUGCCAAUCAUUUCCAGAGUGAAGGAACUCCAGUAAUGAUCGGUGGAGGAGUCUUGGCUCAUACAAUACUAGGAGUGGCCUGGAAUGAGAUGACUGGGCAGGUAAAGUACCUGAUUCUGGAUCCUCAUUACACAGGCCCGGAGGACCUGCACGCCAUCUUGGAAAAGGGUUUCUGUGGAUGGAAAGGUUCAGAUUUUUGGAAAAAGGAUGCCUACUAUAAUCUCUGCCUUCCUCAGAGACCAAAGAUGAUUUGAAGAAUCCGAGUAGAACCAAUAUUUAUAAGUGUAGGGUGCAUGAUAGUUAUGCAAAAACAAGGCACAAACUUCAUAUAAAAACAUAAGGAAGGCAAAUGUAUAUAGUAGCAAUUUCAAAUGCAGCCGUUUAGUUGGAACAUCAGGCAUAUACUAUGUGCAAGGUACUCUGGUUAACAAUAGUGUGUCAAUGCUACAAUAAUUGAAGAAUGAUUAAAACUGAUUUUUCUUCAUUAUCGUUGGAGUCUUUAGAAGAGGUUUAAAAAAAACACCCCAACGAAAUAUUUGUAUUUAGCUUAAAGAUAUAAAGUUGAAACACAUACAACCAGAUGCAGCAUACCAAAACUAUAUGAAUACAUAUAUUCUUAAAAUGAUCUUCACUCAGAAGAAAUUUUAAUCUCUCUCACUCCUUCUUAGAAGAAGAUGAGAACAUUUUAUGGAUCAGUCCAGUAGCUUGUGGCCCAGAAAGAGAUCGUCAAUCUGAGGAUCUGCUCCAAACUUCUUUUCAGUCAGCUUCCCAUUUUAACACAAAUGACCUAUUUUAAAAAAAAAUGCAGCAGCUAUUUCCUUUGUGACAUUUUCCAUUGGCACCUUUACAGUGAGGGAAAUACUGAAUGCUGCAAGUACAUGCUAGUUUGUGUGAUAUAUAACAAACCACUAUACAAUUCUAAAUAUGUUUGGAUAACUAUUUAUAAAUACAUUUUGAUUUUGCUUCCCCUGGAAAUUAUUACUAAUUUGUAAUUAAGAAAAAUAAGACUAAUGAAGCUUAGGUAACUAUUACCCUAAAUAGCCACUAGUUACUAUUAGAAUCUAAAUAGUCAAUCCUCAACGUUCCUUAAAAAACGGCACAAUAAGUUUAAAAAAAAAAAAGAGAGAGAGAUUGUUUAUACAUUCAAUCUAUGGGAAAUGGAGCAAGGUUCAGUUGACCACAAAAAUUGUCAUCUUUCGCUAGAGAUUGCUCAAAAUAGACUUUUCUGCAUACAAGUCUUUAUUUUAAAAAAAUUCUGAAAAUACACACGUUUCCUAACACAGUAACCAUAAAAUAACCUAUAAAAUGCAGAGAAGAGAGACGGGCAAGGCCAGCAAUGUCACAAGAACCCCAAGGUUAAAAAAAAGGGGGGGCAGGGCAACACCUGCCAUCUCUAAUCUCACUUUUGGCUCCUUGGUCGAACUGUUCCUCAUGAAAAGCCACAUGCCUGGGGUGAGUCUUGGCAGGGGCAUCAGGCCCAACACUUCUGAGAAGGUGGGGGUGAACACCAUAUCUUAAUUCACCCACAAACUCAACCACUUUGGGAAUAGUUUUUCGAAUACUUUCCUCCUUUAGCAGAUACAAACUUGUGCAUCACAGUUGCCAACUUGAAAGUGAAAAUGAGGUUAUUAUCACGAGAAUCCUUAAAGUUUAGAAAGUAUUCUAAUGGGAAUACAAUAUUACAAGCAGUUCAAAACUAAAGACAGAUGGAGCCUUACUGAAUUAUUAAAUAUGAAUAAGGUUUCAGUAUCAUAAUGAGCUUAAUUCUAAUAUUUAUAUAGAAAUCUUCACAAUCUACCUGCUACCUACCAUCUGAUCGUUGCUUCUUCCCAUUUGAGUUGUCCACAUUUCUGUGAGCUCGUUUAUUUUUAAGCAGCAAACCACAGUUGUCAGUGUUGAAUGAACAUUUGGAUUGUUCACUUAACUUCAUACUCUGUAUAUGUUUAACUGUUGUGAGAAAUUUGGCACAUUCCAGAAAUCCACAAGACCAUGCCAGGUCUUCUGCAGUCUGCCCAUUCAUGUUACGUAAGCUACAGUUCAAUCACAGAAUUGGAGAACAAUUAAAUAAAAAUGAAUUGCUGUUUCUAAGAUUUAAAUUUUUUAAAAAAUUUUUUAUUCUAUGCUUAAUAAGCCCAUCCAAGUAAACAAUAUUUCAAAAGACAUCUACUUUCAUCAAUAUAUUUACUCCCUCUGCCACCCAAAAAGGAAAGAAAAAAUGAUUGUAUGUACAAUAAAUUCAAAAUUAUUUAUGUUAUUAAACGUAUAU